UUAUCAUUUAAUGAAAUAGCAUUAAUAUACGGCAUAUUAUUGCGAAGAAAAUAUCUACAAUCUCAUUAAAGAUAUGAUAGAGGAGAAAUGCGAUCAUCUUAUAUAAUAUUAUGCUGUUUUGAUCACAAAUCCCUUUUAGCAAACAUAUAUUAAAUGUUAAAAAAGUUCUCCAUUAGUAAUUUGGGAUUAUCAUGUGAUUAUGGUGGCUAAGCACACUAUUUAAACUAAUGGAAAAAUAAGUCAGAAUUCAUAUGUUUAUGAUUUUGAUAGCACAUUACCAAUGAAGUGUGAUUUUAAUACAUACUUUAAAUAAGCUUUGGGUUUUUAAAAACCUUAAGCUACCUUGAAAAGUUUGUUCAGAGUAGUGGAAGGAUAAAAAUAUUUGGAUUAUUUUGCAAGUGAUCGUCAUCAUAUGAUAAAAAAUGGUAAAUAUCAAUAGCCUCCUCCAAAAUAUCCAUGUUUAAAGGGAAAUAAAUAAGAGAAAAGCAACAAUCUUUAGGAAUAUUUAGAUACUACUAAUAAUGAUAUUUAAUUAGGGAAGUGGAUGACUGAAGAAUAAUUUUAAUAAUUUUUUGCGGAUAAAAAAGCUUGAU